ACUCGCGAGACGCGCUCAUUGUUAGGUCGCACCUGUCAUGACAGCAUGGUGACCGACGUUCCGCUACCGUUCGCCGGACCGCGACGCCGAAUACUGCGCACGGUGCUCGUCUGCUCUUCCUUUCUCUUCUUCUGCUCCUUCGCCUUCUCGUCGACGGCAGCGUCUUCACAGAUACAGAUUGACGAGUCCGUGCCAGUGGAGGAGGCGACGGUGGUGCUGGCCGAGGUGGCGCGCCUGCCCUGCUCGCUGGAGCCGCCCGACGCCGACGACCAAGUGGCACUCGUCAUCUGGUUCAAGGACGACAACGCCUCCCCCAUCUACAGCGUGGACGCACGCGGGCGCGUGCCGUCGCACUGGGCGGACGACCGGCGCCUCGGCGGGCGCUCCUUCUUCCGGCUGGCUGGCGACCGGCCUCCCGGCCCGCACCUGGCCAUCGAGGGCGUGCGCGUCGCCGACGCCGGCUCCUACCGCUGCAGGGUCGACUUCCGCCGAUCGCCCACCCGCAACUCCGUCGUCCGGCUCACCGUAAUCGGUGAGUGA